AGAAGCUCCCCAAACUCGUGUCGCUCGUGACUAACAGUAAUUUAGGCAUAGCGGUUGUUUGCUACGUCUUUGGGCCCUCCUCAGGCGGUGUAUACAACCAACUGCACUUUGACUACGGACUUCAAGAUUUUUCCCAUGCCGCGCCGCGGACGAGUGGCCGAGGCCGAAGACUCGCUGUCCAAAGACAUCCUACGGUUUGGUGUCAAAAUGAGUCGAGAGAAUGUCUUCGCCUGUUUCAUACUCGUCUACUUCGUCAAGUGCGCGGUAGGACUAGCACUCGAGCCCAUUCCUCGGACACCCGCCGAGAUUCUAAAGUCAGAUGGCUAUCCGUCUGAGGUCCACCAUGUCACAACUGAGGAUGGGUACAUACUUCAGAUAGACCGUAUACCUCGGCCCGGACAGCCAGUGGUAUACCUUGCCAAUCAACUGUUCAGCUCAGCAGCUGCUUAUCUUAUUCUCGGAAAGGGGAAGUCGAUUGGUUUUCUCUUGUAUGAUACUGGCUUUGACGUCUGGUUAGGAAACUUCCGAGGUACCAACUUUUCCCUUACUCAUCAAAACAUGACAAGCUCUGAUGACAACUUUUGGAAGUUUGGGUGGCAUGAACAUGGGACCCUGGACAAUCCCGCAAUCAUCGACUACAUUUUGUCCACUUCAAAGCAAUCGAGUCUCGUUUUCAUGGGUCAUUCUAUGGGUGCGACGACUUUCUUUGUGACGGCCUCGGAGCGCCCUGACACGCUCAGCAAGAUCCGCGCCGCCUUCCUCAUGGGGCCAGCCACCUUCCUGGCACACCAUCGGAACGCCGCCCUGUCCCUCUACCACCCCUUUGCCAAUUUGACACGGACGGUAGCGGAUUUGUCUAACCAUCAUCGCCAACCAGUGGAGUUCAUUCGUUCAGUGAUUGAUAAGAUUUGCAACAGCGCCAGGAAAUUCAGUCAAUCACUUUGCAGACUGGCUGGUUUAAGUCCUGAUGAUCGCAUAAUUAGUAGCAUUAUUGAAGCUCCUUCUGCAAGUAGAACCAAUGAUUCUACUUCACUAGCAUCUUCUGGACUUCCAUUGGUAGCUAUUGCACAGUUGUGGACUGCUUCAGAUUGCACAACAGAUUAUCCCUCUUGGGUCCAUUUUGAUGCAGAGCAAGUUGACUGCAUGCUAUGUUGAAGCCUUAGCUGCAGCUCAAAGAAUGUGCCCCAAUUUUAGGCUGCUUGAAGUGGUCUGUGACUUUGAGCAGGCACAGCAGGCUGGCUGGGCAGCAAUAUACCCUAAUGCUCAACGCAAGGGGUGUUACUUCCAUCACACAAAAGUAAAAACUGCAGUCUAAAUGUUUCUCAUUAUUGUUGCUCGGUACGCAACGGGGCUGCCCCGGUCUCGCUGUAGUUGAACAUUAUCUUUUUCUUUAUUGCUAAAGGGAGAUGGGAAGUAUCCUUUGCAAGAAAUCCUCUUGUUUAUGUCAACAUUGGCUUAACCUUCCAAGAGUAUUUUCCUCACAGCUGUAAAAGUAAACACUUAAAUUUUUCUCUCUUAUUUCAGGAUGUUAGUGAAACAGCUAAGGAACUCGGGCUCCGCCCAUUGGUGAGGGACGGCAAUGUGGCUGAUAGCAUUGUCCGGUCACUCUGUGCUGUGCCCUUGCUACAGAGAGAAAAUAUACUGGACGGUGUGCAAUCAGUUAUCCAGAGGGCUAUUCAAAACGAUCUUCAGCAGCUUGCUCCCCUCUCCAUUUAUAAUUACAGAACAUGGCUUAUCCCGUCCCGCCUGAGAGUUCUGUCUGUAAAUGGAUGCCACUUUAGGACGUCAAACGCCUGUGAAUCAUACAACGCAUCUCUGUACAGGCAGGCAAAGCGCGACAGGCCCAACAUUUCCAACUUCUCGCUGCAUGUGUGAAACUUGAAUACAUAUGCCAAAAUGACCACAUCAUUCUAAACAGUGGGAGAAACGCAUAUGUGAAGAGACGACACAGUGCGCUGGCAAAUGAUGAUAAAAUUAGAGGAACGACAGAAGACCUAGAGGAAGGAGAAAUUGAUGUGGAUGAUUUCCUAAGGAUGGCAUCCCGAAGAGUGCAAGGGGUGUAUAACCUUAUUCUUCACCCUAAUCAAGCCUUCCAGGACAUCUUUGAAGAUGAGAAGACCAUUAAAUAAGAGAAUGUUACAUUGUUAUGCUCAUUUCAGAUUGGGGGAUCUGCCUGGAACCCAUGACAGACCCUGCACCGUGAGGAAUGAUUUUUUGUCGAUAUCUUUGGGGCACGUUUAAUUCGUUGCCGACAUUUGUGAGGUCCCAAUUUGACCUGAUAAAUUUAAGUUUUUAAAAGUGCAAUCAUCAUUUUAACUAUUGUACCUAUUAUUUGUAAAUUUACUACGUACUUGACAUUUAAUUCCGUUUUGUGAAUUUGCAAUUUAAAGUUUUUUAAAGUUGCGUUUACUGCAAAUAAAUGUGACUAUGACCUGA